AUGAAAGUAGCAAUCGUCGGCGCAAACGGCUCAAUCGGCAGCGCCAUACUGCGUCAAGUCCUUUUACACCGCGACAUAACCUCCAUCGUCGCAAUAACACGCAACCCGCUCCCCUCGAGCCCCCCACCAGACCCACGGCUGCACAACGCCCUAAUCUCAGACUUCAGCAACCUGGACAGCGUCCCAGAAACAACAUGGUCGCACAUCCUCACCGCCGACGCGCUGAUCUGGGCCGUGGGCACGUACGACUACAACGAAGACGUGAAUCUGCACUACCCGCUCGCGUUCCAGGAACAGCUCGCAAAGCGGCUGCAGGAGAGGGCAGGCGCGAAUGGCAAGUUUAGAUUCAUUCUCCUCGGUGGCGCGUUCGUGGAGCCUGAUCAGCAGCGCUGGCUAUACUUUCUUGGUGCGCAGCGGCGCUUGAAAGGAGUUUUGCAGACGCGGACGCUGAAAUUCGCCGAGGCGAACAGUGGAAGCGGCUGGGAGGCGUAUGUUAUUAGACCAGGUGGCAUUCUCAUGGGUGGUGAUACGUAUGUAAAUAGCAUUGUGGAGUUUUUAUUUGGAGGUGGUUUGGCGAUCAGAGGAGAGGAGUUGAGCGCUUUUGUGGCGGAACUGGCUGUCAGUGGGUCGGAGCGGCAUGUUAUUGAGAUCAGGGAGAUGACGGAAGUCGGGAGGCGGUUACUGGCUGAGAGAAAAUAG